ACUUCACCAAAUGCCGAAUAAAAACACAUUUUUUCUGUGUUGUCCUUCACCUCCUGUUAUGAUUAGUUGAGCAGAAGAAAGUCCAUGUAACGAUGAGCAUGUAAGCAAGCAUCACGAUGAACACGGCGCUAAAACACUGGCGAGAGGCGGCGACGGUGAUCCUCGCGGCCGGGAUGAGACGCACUCAAAGUGUGGACUCUCUCAGAGCAGGUGUGGAUACAUUCACUGCACCAACCCAGACUGAUCUACCUGACAAAGCUGCCUUUGAUUAUCGUGUGCUUCUGCUGAAACGAAGCGGUAAGAGCGGGUUUAUGCCCAAUGCCUACGUGUUCCCCGGGGGGCUGGUGGAUUCCUCCGAUUUCUCCAGCGAAUGGCAGGAGAUCUUUAAAUCCUUCACCAAAGCGCCCAACUACGGGAUCGGAGUUGUGAGACAGCCGCCAGCGACCAGGCCACCCAUUUUCGCCACUGACAGAGCUAAACUGGGAUCUCCUUUACCGGGAGAUGUGGCUUUCAGGAUAUGUGCUGUGAGAGAGACGUUUGAGGAGUCUGGUGUGCUCCUGGUUGUUCCCAAACACGAGGAAAACACUAUUCAUGUGCACACAACUGAUGAAAAUGACUGGGACACCCAACCCACCCUGACCAGACUGAGCGGGGCCUGGGACGAACACGUGCUGUCCAGGUGGAGGUCUCUGGUUAUUGAUAACUCGGCGAAUUUUAUUAAGAUGUGCAAGGAGCUGCAGUGUCUGCCCAACAUCUGGGCUCUGCGCGAGUGGGGCAACUGGCUGACCCCCACAGGCGUGUACGACAAACACAGGAGGUAUGACACCGCGUUUUACAUCUGCUGCCUGCUGGACACACCGCAUACUCUUGAAGACGAGAAAGAAAUAGUUCACUUUAAGUGGUCCACUCCCUCAGAGGUACUGCACAGCUAUAAAUCAAGGGAAAUAUGGAUAGCUCCACCUCAGUUCUACGACCUUGGACGAACCUGCCGAUUUCCAGCACUCAGAGAUCUCCAUAGCUUUGCCUGUAAGAGGUCUCUGGAGGGCUGUGAGCAGUGGCUGCCUAUUCGCCUGUUGUGUACUGACGGCUAUAUAUCACUUCUACCAGGUGAUGCUCAAUACCCUGAGAAUGUGGACUUUUCUGGAAAGAGUGGUAGCACUGUGAGAAGUGAGAAAAGUCUUGAAGAUCUCCAGAGGGACAGCUCAAACCUGCACCGUAUCGUCUUCCAGGAUCCAUAUACAACAUCUGUCCACAUGAACAUCACCCCCAAGUACAACCAUGUGCCUCCUCUCUGCAGUGCAGCUGUGGAUGGCCAAUCUAAAAACACUAGUAAACUCUGACCCUUACCUGUCAGCGGCAGGACUGAUGCACAGAUGGUUUUCAAGGUCUUAAUUGGUUUUUGAGUUAAUUCCAAUUUAAGAGAUACUGAUGUGGCCCGAGACUUACAGUAUGGACUAUUUAAGAUGAAACCUAUAUGAUAUAAAAUUAUUUUUUAGAUAAGCUAAAGAACAAUACAUGUUGAUGUAUAGACUAUUUGCUUCACUGCAGCCUAUAGAUGAUAAAUGGCAAACAAAGAUACUAUUUAAAGUGGUUUAUUGUAUGUUUCGAGAGUACGCCAUAUUGGUUCAACUGCACUCACUGCUCUGUAUGCAAGUAUCAGAUCAGUAAAGGCUUGCAAUGAUAAGCAACUGUGCUUUAAAAGGAUUGGUUUAUGUGGUUCUUUUCAUGUAUUGGUUCAUUGGAAAACUUAUACUGCCUUAUAUGGUGCAGACAAACUCUCUCAAGCACUCCAACCAAUAUAUUCUAAAGGUUUUUUAGAAUAUAUUGUUUUGAGUUUUUUUCUGAUUUUUGUAGAUUAGGCAAUGAAGGCAUGAUGAAUGGCAGUCAAUUGUUAAUUUCUGCACCACUCCAGCAUCUAAAAGAUUAGUAAAAAACACAGACAGUUUUGCUGUCGGGCUGGUUGGGAUGCUCAAACAAACAGCCAUUUUUUGAUAGUGCCACUGUGUUAACACUUUGCAGGGGAAUCAACCUACCAAUGGCCUACUUACUGUAUUUAGUUGUCUCUGCCUAUUAAGCUGAAACCGGUAUUUUAAUAAUAAAAAAAAAAAAAAAGAAAUUCCAUGAAUUUUGAACUUGCAUGGUAAUACAGUACACAAUAAUUUAAAGGACUCUACAAUGAGUAGAAAUGGGCAAUCAAUAAUGUGAACAAACUUGUUAGUGUACAAAUUGCAUUUUCAGAUUUUUCAGUUUAUCAAAUUGCACCUGGACUGCUGCACAAAGCAUUUGAAAGAAAACACAUCACAAAUUACUACAUUAUAUUGGCUAAUACAACACCAAAAUGUUCAACUUUUAUGAAGUAGCCUGAUUUAUAAUAAGAGAAACAUUAAUGUGUUAGCAGACCAAGGAAUGAGGUGGUUAAAUGAAUUGGCUGGUUGAAAAACAAAUCUCAAUUUUUCUAAAAAUUUAGAAAAUAAAUUCAGACACAAUGCAUGUAAAUAUUUUCAAACAGUUUAAUCGUACAUAAACUAAAACUACUAGAUUGCUUCAUAGGUGUCCACUUGACUAUAUUUCUGUAGAGACAGUAGUGUGAAAUCCUUAACCAACCUCAUAAAACACACUUGAAAUAAACCAUCAGGAAACAUUCAGAGCA